AAAUCCAUCCUGGAUGCUCGUGAUAACGAGAUCAAGAAACUUCGGGGCGUUGCUGGCGACAUUUUCGACCUCCCUUCAAAAUACUUUACCAACACUGGGUACGACAGAGCCAAUGUGCCUGAGAUCCAACAACUCCUUGGGGUCACGUCUUCAAUAAACCUAAUGUACAAGACAUUCCCUCCGGUGCUAUUCCCAGAGUUGAAAGAGGACAGAUCACUCAAGACUGUCUUUGGGAACUGGCAACUGUUGGCGCGAAUUCUGAAAGCUUCAUUGCGCGGUGUCACAUCCCUCCAUCAAGCUUCCAGCGGUGGUGGCGCACAUACAAACUUGAUGAAAUGGAGUGUUCGGCAAGUCACACCAGGUUCCAUCACGUGGGCUGCAGUUCUUGCAAUAUUCUUACUGUCUCCUGACACUGAAUUUUCGAGCACAGGCAUCGGCAAGAGGUCGACUAUUUGCUACAAGGAUCUAUUUUUCAACUACAAGAAAGUUCUAGUGGCAAAGUGGAAGACGAAGUGCAUCGUACAAAUUGUAACUAAUAUCAACCACUACAUCUUCAAAGCUGCACGACCUUCAGCCUUGGAUUCUGCUGGACAUGAGGAUCUUACGGAUGCGAUCGAUCGCGCACUCGCAGCGCUUGACAUGGAAAGUUUGAACGACGAAUCUGAUGGA